UUCUCUUUGCCCCCCGCUAGCCCUGGCACCGCUCUGCCCCCAUGUACUGGAAAAAUGAGAAUGUGGCCCCUCAACCCGAGGGCACCAACCUGGACCCCGACCUGGACUCUGCAGGAAAGUCCCAGUCGGAUGAUGAAAACCUUCCAUGCAACCUGGAAAAGGAAGACCACUCGUCCCCCAGCCCUCCAUCCACCCCAUCCGUGUGCUCCCCGCCAUCCUCCUCCUCCUCCUCCUCCUCUGUACCUUCAGAUGGGAAGAACGUUUGUUCCAGCUGUGGCCUGGAAAUCCUCGACAGAUACCUGCUCAAGGUAAAUAACUUAAUUUGGCAUGUGAGGUGCCUGGAGUGUUCGGUGUGUAGGACUUCUCUGAGACAACAUAACAGCUGCUAUAUCAAAAACAAGGAGAUAUUCUGUAAAAUGGAUUAUUUCAGCCGGUUUGGUACCAAGUGCGCUCGGUGCGGUAGACAGAUCUAUGCCAGUGACUGGGUGCGAAGAGCUCGGGGCAACGCCUACCACUUAGCGUGCUUUGCAUGUUACUCCUGCAAAAGGCAACUGUCUACGGGGGAGGAGUUUGGCCUGGUGGAGGAUAAGGUCUUAUGCAGAAUCCACUAUGACACCAUGAUAGAAAACCUAAAAAGAGCGGCAGAAAACGGCAAUGGUAUUACAUUGGAGGGAGCUGUGCCAUCAGAACAAGACAGCCAGCCAAAACCGGCAAAAAGAGCGCGCACUUCCUUCACAGCGGAACAGCUGCAGGUGAUGCAGGCGCAGUUUGCUCAGGAUAAUAAUCCCGAUGCGCAAACACUUCAGAAACUUGCAGACAUGACAGGACUAAGCAGAAGAGUCAUUCAGGUUUGGUUUCAGAACUGCAGAGCCCGACAUAAAAAGCACACCCCACAGCAUUCAGGACCUCCGCCGGGGCAGAACCCGACUCGUCUCACCUCUUCCCUGUCCGACGACAUUCACUUCUCCCCCUUCAACAGUCCAGAAAGAGCUAGGAUGGUCACGUUACACGGAUAUAUAGAAAGUCAGGUACAGUGUGGGCAGAUGCACUGCAGACUCCCGUACGCUGCUCCCCCAGUGCAUCUAAAAAGUGACAUGGAAGCAGCACUGUCAAACAGAGGAGAGAAGGUAAUCCUAUUUCAAUACUAAGGGACAACUUCUGUUAUUGGAGACGACAUGCUGCCCUCUAGGCCAGGGGUUUGUAGAGGAUUCAGCAGAGAAAGACACCCAGCAAAGGAGACAAUAUCUGUUAUUUGCUGUCUUUGGCUCUGUUAACAGAGAAGCAGCCAGGCCAAUUCUGGAAACUCUUGAAGAGCAGAUAAGGACCACAAUAAAAACCGAUAACGAGUGGGUUUAUUAUUAUUAUUAAAUUAUAACAAAGGUUUUAAAAAAAUCAAAGCUACCCAUUCUCAGAGUGAAGCUAUCACCUCUUGCAUUUUUACUGAACAUCAACUGCUGCCACCGAGAAGACAUCCGUCAACUGGAAUAACUGUGAAACGUAAGGAGAAGGUGAACAUUUGCAUUUGGUUUACAUAGCGGAUUGUACUUAUUCAGCAAUGCUGGUUGGUUUUCACCCCCGACAAUUUCCCGAGUUAUGCAUGAGAGAAAGAAAGAAUUGAAAUCCCUCAAGAGAAAAUAUCAAUUCUAACCAUUGAAAGUGCAAGAUAGUUCACUGGCUUUGCUACUCUCCCAUUGUGUUCCACUGCAAUUUGCCAGAUCUUACUUUUUCCAUUGCUUCAAUUCUCGAAAUCUGUCAAACGUGACAUUUGAUAAUUUAACAUUUUCCAUUUUAAUGACAUCACAUUAUUAGUCAUUCUUCAGGAAACAAAGGCUGAAGAUUCAAAUAGGAAAAGAAGAAAGGUAACAGCGCUCUCUGCAGGGACAACCCAAUCCAUACACCAGGUCCACUCACAGGUGUCAAAGCUAGAUGUGUCCCAACACACUCCAAUGCAACAGUAGUAAGAAGAGCCGGCAAAACUG